UCGCCAUCUUGGUUUGUUCGUAAAAGCAGUGCAGUGCAACCCGAAAACCGCCGUCUGCACACACUCUACGGGGACAAUCGAACUUCUCACACCGAAUAGUUGGCUGUUUUGACCUUCAAAUUUCCUGCUUUAAACAGUGAAUUUCUGGCAGCUUGACGACAAUUUACGGGCUGUAAGGGUUUCUUGAAACCCACAAUUAUUUGGAGUGUGAGUAAGAAAUAGCAAGAAGUACUGGGAACUACUUUAUCAAAAUGGAAGCCCAGAGGCAAAAGCCAUUUGUGGCUAGCCCAGCCGGCCAGAGUGCUUACGGCAGCCCAGCCCUCUCUGAUCUACCCAAGCAGGACCCCAUGCAGCAGACGCUAGACUGGCAGCAUCACGGCUAUGGUAUGGACUCUGGAAUACAGAGUGGCGUUACUACACAGGCUCCAUCAGUCAGUAGCAAGAGCCAUCAUGAUGAGGAGUCUGAAAUGAGCGCAGGUCAAGGCAUGUUUGAUUGGGACAGCAGCUAUGGGCAGGCUUACACUCAGGAACAGGUGGACGAAAUGAACCAGCAGUUGAACCAGACCCGCUCGCAGCGUGUGCGCGCCGCCAUGUUCCCAGAGACCUUAGAGGAAGGGGUUCAGAUCCCGUCCACCCAGUUUGACCCCAACCACCAGACCUCGGUCCAGCGCCUGGCCGAGCCCUCUCAGAUGCUGAAACACGCCGUGGUCAAUCUCAUCAACUACCAGGAUGAUGCUGACUUGGCCACUCGCGCCAUCCCCGAACUCACCAAGCUUCUCAGUGAUGAGGACCAGGUGGUUGUCAGCCAAGCUGCCAUGAUGGUCCACCAGCUCUCCAAGAAGGAAGCCAGCCGUCACGCCAUCAUGAACUCCCCUCAGGUGGUGGCCGCUUUGGUCCGUGCCAUGUCUAACUCCAAUGACCUAGAGACCACCAGGUGUGCCGUGGGUACACUGCAUAACCUCUCCCACCACCGCGCCGGUCUGCAGUCCAUCUUCAAGAGCGGCGGGAUCCCGGCCCUCGUCAAGCUUCUCAGCUCCACUGUUGAGUCAGUGCUCUUCUAUGCCAUCACCACCUUACACAAUCUCCUGCUCCACCAAGAAGGCUCCAAGAUGGCUGUGCGUCUGGCCGGAGGCCUACAGAAGAUGGUCAUGCUGCUGGCCCGUAACAACGUCAAGUUCCUGGCCAUCUGCACAGACUGCUUGCAGAUCCUGGCCUUUGGCAACCAGGAAAGCAAGCUGAUCAUCCUUGCCAGUGGAGGUCCAGCCCAGCUCGUCCGCAUCAUGCGUACCUACACCUAUGAGAAGCUGCUGUGGACAACAAGCCGCGUCCUCAAGGUGCUGUCUGUCUGCCCCAGCAACAAACCAGCCAUCGUCGAAGCUGGUGGUAUGCAGGCUCUGGGCAUGCAGCUUGGUCAUCAGAGCAACAGACUGGUGCAGAACUGCCUGUGGACCCUGCGCAACCUGUCAGAUGCUGCAGUCAGAAUGGAUGAUUUGGAAGGCCUGCUUCAGAUGCUGGUGCAACUCCUGGCCUCCAACGACAUCAGCGUGGUCACCUGUGCCUGCGGCAUCCUGUCCAAUCUGACCUGUAACAACGCCCGGAAUAAGAUCAUCGUCUGCCAAGUGGGUGGUAUCGAGGCCUUGGUGCGUGUAGUCAUCCAAGCUGGUGACAGGGAGGAAAUCACUGAACCAGGGGUGUGUGCCUUGCGUCACUUGACCAGCCGACACCCAGAAGCUGAGACGGCCCAGAAUUCAGUGCGUCAUAACUUUGGUAUCCCGGUAGCAGCUAAGCUCCUGCAGGCUCCGUCCCACUGGCCUCUCAUCAAAGCCACCAUUGGACUGGUGCGUAACUUGGCCCUGUGCCCAGCCAACCAUGCACCUCUGCGUGAGCACGGCGUCAUCCCACGACUGGUCCAGCUUCUCAUGAGAGCUAACCAGGACUCACAGAGGAGACAGUCAGGCGGUGCUAAUGGACAGAGCUACACUGACGGUGUGCGCAUGGAGGAGAUCAUCGAGGGAGCCGUUGGUGCGCUUCACAUCUUGGCCAGAGACAUGCACAACAGGAUGCUGAUCAGAAACCUCAGCACUGUGCCUCUCUUUGUGCAGCUGCUGUACUCCAACAUUGAGAACAUCCAGCGUGUGACUGCAGGCGUCCUGUGUGAGCUUGCCCAGGAUAAGGAAGGGGCAGAGAUUAUUGAGCAGGAAGGGGCAACGGCACCCUUGACUGAGCUGCUGCACUCCAGAAAUGAGGGAGUUGCCACCUACGCUGCAGCUGUGCUGUACCGCAUGUCUGAAGACAAACCACAGGAUUACAAGAAGCGUAUCAGCGUUGAGUUAUCCAACUCCCUGUUCAGAGGAGACACUGCACCAUGGGGCGAGCCCAUGGACAUGCCCGAUCCGCCAAUCAUACAGCAAGACUUCUCCCAUCACAGUAGCGCCAGCAGCCUGCAUAGUGACUACAGACACCAGCAACCGCCGCCACAACAGCAGCAAGGUGGAGCUAUGCACAUGCAAGGUAACUAUCAGGAGCCCAUGUCACUUGAGCCGAUGAUGCAAGAUCUGGAUCUGGGAUCUCACACGGACUACGGCAUGGACCCCACAUUGGCCAACUUAGGCCCACCCUCCGCUGACCUGAAUCUGGACGGACUCCCCCCUACAGACAGCAGUGGACUGGCCUUCUUUGACACCGAUCUGUGAGCCAUGCUUGAGGAGUGUUCCAUUAUAAAAGAGGGGGGAGAGGGAUAAAACCCCAUAUCAGCAUCAGACCUCUGAGUGACCUUUCUGUCGAAAGAAAAAAAAAACUGGUAGUUUUAAAUUUUGCAUUUGUUACCAGCAAUGUUAUUUGCAUAAUUCAGUUAUUUUUCGAAUGGAAGGUGCCAAAUUUUUUCAGUGCUGAAAAUUGAAAGUUAACAGUCAUUCUGCUUGUGGAAUUCAUCUGCGAUGGUCUUUUUUUUAAUUAGUACCCAGGGGAACCUUGGUACUAACGUCGGAAACUGGCAAUUAUGUAAAAUGAAACAUUUUUUUACAAAGAAUAAUGCAAAAUUCCAGUAAAGCAAUGCUUUUCAUGACCACUUUUCUUCCCAAUUUCACUUUUGCCAAUUCAGUGCUAUUGCAUUUUGUUUACUGCUUCCAGUAGUUGUUUUGAGUAUAUUUGCUGCACAUGAAAACAUUUAGCCAAAAAUGUCCAGCAUUUAAUGAAUUUGUCUCGGUAAAGUAGCUGAGACCUCUACAAAGACAUUUACUAGAGCAGCAUUGUAUACAGAAAAUAUAUAAUCAUCAUUUGUAAACCAACCAAUCAGGGUAAAGAGAGAAGGUCAGAUUUGGCCAAACAUAAUCAAUUGCACGCUUGGUUAGACUUAUACAUUGACUAAAUGUGUGCUGGAGGUACAAUGCAUUGUGCUGCUACCGAAACUCAGUGUAAAAAAAAUUGUUUUCUUCAGAAAAAAAAAAAAGAGUGGCAAAAUGUAGUACAAGGCAGAGCUUUAGUUGCUGGAAUUUUGAAACGAAGGAGCCAUAUUAUGUGCACUUCAUGUAGACAGUACUUUUAUUGUGUGAUAAAACUGUAGUUCAUUGCUCCAGCAGCAGAUUUAUAAGAAAAACUAAACAAGAAACCGCUACGGAAUAUCUGUACAGUAGGGGAUGUAAUAACAAAGGGAGGAAAGUCCUCACGUGGGGAUUGUCGGAGUGGCGGUUUGGAUUGUUACGAAGCGCACUGUGGCCCACCAAAAAGUUGUGAAAUAACGGGGUAAGACUGUAAAUUACUUAUGGUUUUUAACAAAGUACUACUUGAAGUGUAAGACGUCCAAUCAAUUUGGGAGCUGUUCUACAACUCCAUGACAUAUACAUUCACACAGUACUACUGAAAAUGUGAUUUCACUUCUGGUAAAAAACCCUGAGACUACUGGUUCAGCAGAAACAGUGUUAGAAGGUCAUUUCAAUUUUGCUGGUGUUGAGCUCGAUUAAAAAAAGAGAGGACAUUUUGAAGGUCUUGUUAUGUAAAAAGACAGGAUUUUUUUUUUAUACAACUACUUCUGUCGAUAAACAGGCAUGAAACAAAUGUAGAAGUGUUUGGACAAAAGUGUUUAAUCCUAAUUAAAGAGCAGACUAAGCCUCUGAACUGAUGAUGUCACACUUUGUUUACAUGUGUGCUUUCCUAAGGUGCUCAGUGGACCGUGGGCCCCCACUGGCUCCAUAGGAAAGUGCACAUGUAAACAAAGUGUGACGUCAUCAGUACAGAGGCUUAUUUGAAGCUUGUAAAUAUGUGGCAUAUUUCUUCCUUUUUUUUUAACCCAAAACAUACCAAUCAAAUAAUGAAGAAAGAAUUGGGGUGUGGAGUUGUGACUUUUUUUGUUAUGAAUGAAAUGUGAUUUUUUUUAAAGUAAUUUUUAAAUGUAAUUGUCUGUGAUGUAGGCGGUACAAGUCUUGAGUACUUCUUCAGUGAUGUUCAGUGUGUUUCUGAGAAUCCAAAAGAAGUACUCGCAUUGUUACAGAUGGAAGGAGCUUUCUAGAAGUUGUUGAAGCCAUUGAAAUGUAACAAAGGAAACCACAUUGGCUCAACAUAGAUAAGACAACAAUUAUUGCAAAGUUUUCAGAUUGCUUGAGCGUUUCUAGUCAGCGUGAGUUUAACGUCACAGUUGAGCUGUAGAGCUGCAGGCAUACGUGUGAAGCCCACAUUUCAUUGUACAUACAUGCACCAUUGGAUUGUUGUACAACAUCGCAUUGAAAUAUUGCUCAGUUGUUCAGAUAAAAAAUGAAUGUUCGAAAGACGAGGCGCUCGAGUUUAUUUGCCGACGUGUACAUUGAAAGUUAGCACUGAACACAAUCCACUGAUGGUCGGCAAUUCUUGACCAUCACUGCGAGCAGUGGUGAUAACAGUAUUUAAAUCAUGAAAUUAAAUGUUUGCUUUCUGUUUUUACUGACGUUUGUUUUAAUCUAAUUCAUGUGAACCAAAAAACUGAUGUACUGUGUAAAAUAUUUGUCCCACAUCAGUACUUAAGACAGGGGAAAACGAUUCACUAAAGAUUAUUUUAUUUUUAAGUUUCUAAAAAAAGAGGUAUUCGUUUUGCAAUCAAGCUUUACCAAAAUCUGCAACUGCUUCUGGAAUGAAAGGUUUUAAGUUUGGGCCUGUGAAUGGGUGCAUUGAUAAGCAUUUCGUAGGUGGUGUCAGCGUAUGUUUACUUAUUGUUCAGCUGCACAAUGCCAUUUCAAAGUAGUUGAACUCAUAAUGUUGCCCAAAUGUUAACAAGCUACCUAGUUCUAUAAGGAGAUCACUAGAGUGAAGUGAAUGACACGCUGCACUUGUCUAUAAAUGUUUGGCUGUGAAUUCAAUGGUUACACAAUUGAGGAGAAUUUUUGUAUGGUAUUCGGCAGUUUUUGGCACAAUGCGCUGCUCGCUCUUUUCGCUAUUUUACGUCGUGUUAUUUUUCUUUGGUGUGUCUUAACUUACAUCUCUUAAGUGUCAUUGAACAAUUUUAUUUGCCGUCACGUCUAGUAGUUGUUAUUAUUUUUUUAAUUAAAGUUUUCAUAAUUAGUUACGCAGUGUUAAUGUCACUAUAGGCGAGUUGAAAUAACAGUGGGUUAAUUCCAGUGUAAAGAAACAGCAAAUGUAUAUCACGAUGGCAUUUUUUUGAUAGUACAUACGCAUUAAUAAUCUUAAAGUAUUUUUUAGAGUUGUUUUCAGGCUAGUCAGUGCUCGUAUGCAAUCAAAGCUGUUGUAUUCCAUUUUAACAUGUUUUCCCAAUUUUUAAGUGAUUACUUUUUAAAACUUCAUUUUUUUUCUGUGUAUCUGCCAGUUAUUGUUUUUUAGUGAGUUGUACCGGUAGGAUUGUUUGUUUUCAUUUAAUUAACCCUAACCCCUUCAGUGAUUUACUAGGAACCUUCCUCUCUCUUGCAAAAUCCAACACCAUAUGGUUCAUGUAACUCAACACCCAAACUGUUGGACUCUGACUAUGGUGGUAUGCCUGACCCCAUGUAAAGCAUAAUCAGUUUACUAGUGCAGUACUCACUCCAACAGUUCCAACAAAACAUGCAGUUGGAUUUUGAUGGGUUGGGGUGGUUUAAGGACUCCAGUUUGUGGAAGGUUGCAUAUGUAUGAAUUUAUGUAUGGUUAUUCUAUAAAUUUGGGGUCUACUUUUUUCCUGUCCCUUACAUCUGACCUCAUUUAUAAUUCUGGAUGUACUCCUUAAAUGCAGUCGUCCUCCAAGAGUGAUUAUUAAUAGUAAACUACCCGCCCAGCAAUUAAAAGUUCGUUUGAAGUUAUUGGUAAUGAUACUUGAAUGGCAAAUUCCAAACUUCAGAGGUAACGGGACAGGAAAAAUGUCACACUUGUGACUUUUGACCUUAAAUUUAUGGAAUAUCCAUUAACGUAUGUAGGAGCUGCAACCUUAUAAUUAAACAUUAAAAUGGCAAGAUCAGUACUGGUCCUGUACUAUCAAGUUAUCCAAAUUGAUGAUUAUUUUCGGGUGAAUAUUGCAAGGAUCUCGGCUGAAAAUCAGUCCAUCCAAACGGUUUGAAACGGCGUGAAAUGUGUUAAGCUUGUAUAUUUUUCUGCCUAACUUUUAAUAACCCUCUGAUUGUGAUUUUACAUUUUUGUUGUUUUCGAAUUGGCGAAUUGACUUGCACCUUUCUUCCUGUUCUGACCAUGUGUUUUUCUCAAUUUCUUUUGAGAAUGGAUAAACAUUGGUUUAUUUAUUCACACUUUCCGGGACACACCAGUACAGCCAGGGGUAUCCGGGUGCAUGGAAAGUGGCAAAGCAUGCCCAGAUGGGCCCGGACAGGGCUGAACGAAUGAAAAGAAAUUUCUGAUCAAAUUGUUUGUGUGUAAUUUUUAAAGUCGUUAAGUUAUUGAAAUACAUCUAACGCUUUGUGUACAUUUCACCCACUUGCUAUUUUCAUUUCUUGUUAUUUUUAUAAAGCUGUUUGUUAUAUUAGAUGCGUAUUUUUUUUGUGUUGAGACUUCCAAGCCCCGUAUUUACGGUAUGUAGAAAUAAAAAUGCAACAGCAUGCCCUGUA